UAGGUAAAUAUGUGAUAAUAUAUAACAACGUUUUUCAAUUUUUACUACACAUCUAUAUCUUUCUUUUAUAGAAAAAAAUGUUAUGCGUCCGUUCUCCACUUCAUUUAAUUAGAAUAGUAUUAGUUAUUUACUCGGUAUCUAUGUUAGUGAUUGCUAGAAAAAUAUAAAUAUGGGUCAAAAUUUGAGUUUAUCACGCAGUAAUGAUGAUUUAAUAAAUAUGUUGAUUGGUAGAAAAUAUAUACGUUCUAUAGAUGUCGAAAGAGUAUUUCGUAGUGUUGACAGAGGAUUUUAUUAUACCAGUGAACAAAAACUGAAUGCCUACACAGACUCAGCAUGGCAGUAUGAACAAAUUCAUUUAUCAUCACCUUGUAUCUAUGCCAAGGUUAUGGAAUGUCUUGGAUUGAAAUCAGGAAAUAAGUUUUUGAAUAUUGGUUCUGGAAUUGGUUACUUGAGUACUGUAGCGGGUUUAUUAUUGGGUUCUAAUGGUGUCAAUCAUGGAAUUGAAAUUCAUCAGUCACUUAUAGAUUCUGCUUACAAAAAAUUAGAAGAAUUUAAAUUAAAGGCAGCAGCGAUUGACUUUUAUGACUUCUGUGAACCAAUUUUUGUACAAGGAAAUGCUUGUGAAUUGUUGCCAAUCGGCUUUUAUGAUAGAGUUUAUUGUGGAGCAGGUGUUCCACCAGAGGAGUCAGAGUUUAUGAAAUCACUUAUAAAUAUUGGUGGUAUUAUAGUUAUGCCUUUAGAAGGUUAUCUUAUGAAAAUAACUAGAAUUGAAGAACAUUCUUGGGAAUCUUCUAGAAUUUUGGAAGUCUCAUUUACAGAUCUUAUUGUACCAGAAAAAUGUAGUUUUCAUACAACUGAAUUCCCUUCAGUUGAACCAAUUACUUUGCAAGAACUGUGUAGAUUUAACAUUCGUUCAUUAAUACGUGAAAAUUUAAAUAAUUUGUGUCCCAGUUUACCCAUACGUACAAAGUGCACUGUAAAAAAUGAAGAUUUACCUCCAGAUCUUAAUGAAGACAUUUAUAUUGACCCAGUAUCACAAUUUGUCAAUUUACGUUUUGGCAGUGAAGUAGGAAUAGUUAGUCUUCAUAAUAUUAUAGAUGGACUAGUUGAUUUUGAUACCGUGACAGAUAGUGUGUCUGAUUCAGAUGAGGAAGUUUCUGAAAAUAUUGAAUUUUCGGAAGAUUACGAUGAAAGUGGUGAGGAAGAAAGAAGUUUUGUUAUAAAUGAAAAUGAAAGUUUAUUGGAAAUUCCUGAACAACAAUCCGAUGAUUCUACCAAAAGAAAGUCUCCAGAUACUGAAUUUUCUGAUAAAAUUAAAGCUCAAACAGAAACCAAUAACUCCAAAAGAUUAAAAAUGAACGAAUCAAAUUUAAGUGGUUCAAUUGAACCAUCAACAUCUUCCUCUUCACAUAAUAAUAGUGACAUGUGGGAAACUAUGUCAACAGGUGAAACAUCACCUAAAUCUGCCACAUUUAAUCAUGAAGAUUCUGAAGUAAGUUGGUUUUCAUCUAUAGACAAUGAAGGUGAAGAAUCAGAAGUAGAACAUGAUUGUAGCUGUUGUUAUGAUAGUAAUGAUAGUGAAGCUGGUAGAGAAUCUAAAGUAGAAACAAUUAUGUAUAAAUUUGUUAGUGAAAGUAAAGAAAAUGAAUGGAGCAAACUUUUAAAAGAAAAAAUUAAUGAACUGCCAAUACCAGUUUCACUUAAAAAUUUUCUAAAUUACAACAGGGUAGACUAAUUUUAUACAUUUUCAAAAAUAUAUAUAUAUAUAU